ACUGCCACACUCAACACAACAAACACACUACACACACUAUUGUGCUUGCUCCUUUUUAUUUCUUCUUCAUCACAUUCUCUCUCUUCAUUACUCCAAGCUUCGAAUCUCCAUCUGUCUCUUUCUUUAAUGGCUUUCCCUUCUUCAACCAGUCUCCAUCUCAAACCCAACUACUCUUGUACUAACCUCAUUUUUUCUUCUUCUUCUUCUUCUUCUUCUUCUUUGUCCUCUCUUCUUCUUCUUCUCCUUCUUCCAUUCUUCUCUUGCAUGUGCUCUUCCUAACUUCAACCACACUUUUGACUUCUAAAACGACAAUGUCACAUACCCUUUUUCUCUUUCUAGCUUUGUUCUCUUUCAUUCUUAUUGUUCUUCCUCNUUCCCUUUCCAACACUGACCCUUCUGAUGUUCAAGCUCUCAUGGUCAUGUACAAUGCUUUGAAUAGUCCUACUAAACUAACCGGUUGGAAAAUUGUUGAUGGUGAUCCAUGUGGAGAGUCAUGGAAAGGGAUAAAUUGUGAGGGUUCAGCUGUUGUUUCCAUUGAUCUCUCUGGUUUAGGACUUGAUGGAACUCUUGGAUACUUGCUUUCAGACCUUAUGUCACUCAGAAAUCUUGACUUAAGUGACAACAAGAUCCAUGAUACAAUUCCCUAUCAGUUGCCACCAAAUCUUACAAGCCUAAAUCUUGCAAGAAAUAACUUAACUGGAAAUCUUCCUUAUUCUUUUUCUGCCAUGGUUUCACUCAACUAUCUGAAUGUGAGCAAUAAUGCACUCUCCCUGUCAAUCGGCGACGUUUUUGCUAAUCAUUCCCAUCUUAGUACCCUGGAUCUAUCAUUUAAUAACUUUUCGGGGGAUCUUCCUCCUUCAUUUGGUUCACUGUCCAAUCUCUCUUCUCUUUUCUUGCAGAAGAACCAGUUGACUGGCUCUCUUAGUGUUCUUGUCGGUUUGCCUUUGGAUACUUUAAAUGUUGCAAACAAUAACUUCAGUGGAUGGAUACCGCAUGAGCUUAGUUCUAUCCAUAAUUUCAUAUAUGAUGGGAAUUCUUUUGAUAAUGGCCCUUCCCCUCCUCCGCCACCAGCAUCUUCUUUACCUCCACCAAGUGGAUCUCAUAAAAGUAAUCAUCACUCCGGGUCUGGUUCGCAUACUAAAACACAGGGUUCUGAUGGUCAAAAUUCUGAUGGUAGUAAGGGAACGUCAACUGGCGCCAUUGUAGGGAUUGUUUUAGGUUCAGCGUUGGUGGUUUCUAUUAUCUUAGUUGCUCUUGUAUUCUGUAUCCGAAAGCUAAAAGCAAAGGAAAAGGGUGCAAGAACUUCUAGUGGCAGCCUUCCUCCCGGAAUUAUUAAUGUUACUCCUCAGAUGCAAGAGCAGAGAGUGAAAAGUGUUGCUGCUGUUACCGAUCUCAAACCUCGUCCUCCUGUAGAAAACGUGACAAUGGAUAGGAUGUCUGUUAAAAGCGGAUCUGUAAAGCAGAUGAGGUCUCCUAUUACUUCGACAUCGUACACAGUCGCUUCUCUCCAGAGUGCAACAAAUAGCUUCAGUCAAGAAUUUAUUAUAGGCGAAGGUUCUCUUGGUCGAGUUUACAAGGCUGAAUUCUCAAAUGGGAAGAUAAUGGCCGUUAAAAAGAUUGACAACGCAGCACUGUCCUUACAAGAGGAAGACAAUUUUCUUGAAGCUAUUUCGAAUAUGUCACGCUUGCGGCAUCCAAAUGUUGUUACGUUGGCUGGAUAUUGUGCAGAACAUGGCCAGCGGCUUCUAAUUUAUGAAUAUAUUGGAAAUGGAAAUCUGCACGACAUGCUCCAUUUUGCUGAAGAUAGCAGUAAAGCUUUACCUUGGAAUGCCCGUGUACGCAUAGCUCUUGGCACAGCCCGGGCCUUAGAGUACUUGCAUGAAGUUUGCUUGCCGUCUGUUGUACAUAGAAAUUUCAAAUCAGCAAAUAUAUUACUCGAUGAGGAACUCAAUCCUCACCUGUCCGACUGUGGCUUAGCUGCUCUGACACCAAACACUGAGCGACAGGUAUCAACUCAGAUGGUCGGUUCCUUUGGUUACAGUGCUCCUGAGUUUGCAUUAUCAGGAGUAUACACUGUAAAAAGCGAUGUUUACAGCUUUGGGGUGGUUAUGCUUGAACUUUUAACUGGUCGGAAGCCACUUGACAGUUCAAGAGUUAGAUCUGAACAGUCACUUGUGAGAUGGGCUACUCCACAGCUUCAUGAUAUAGAUGCCUUGUCCAAAAUGGUUGAUCCUUGUUUGAAUGGCAUGUAUCCUGCGAAGUCGCUGUCUCGCUUUGCUGAUAUCAUUGCCCUCUGUGUUCAGCCGGAACCGGAAUUUCGACCACCGAUGUCUGAGGUGGUGCAAGCAUUGGUGCGGUUGGUGCAAAGAGCAAGUGUGGUUAAAAGGAGACCAAGUGAUGAAUAUGGUUUUGGUUACAAGACUCCAGACCAUGAGGCCAUGGACAUGUCAUUUUAAAAGUUUGUGCCUCUUAACUCUUUUUUACAAUUUUGUGUAAAGUGAUGAAUUUAUUCGGCUUAAAAAAAAAAUAUAGGACACAGGAAAGAGUAGAAGUUUGUGAAAAUGUACCAAACAUUCAAGAUAUUUGUAAUUAUGUGUGUUGGAAUUUUUCACACACCAUCAAAUACUUUGGAAAAUAAACUGUAUAUUUAACUAGUCAUGGUGCAAUAUAAUGUAAUUUUAUUAAAGCCAUUCUCAUAUUGAUGAGAGUAAUACAUUUUUUUUUUAAA